GGAUUCCGCGUCCUUGGGUGGUGGUGAUCCCCCUGUCUCCCGACUGGCCUCCUGGCUCUGGCUUGCGAUCGCAUCUCCCACCGAGGAAUCUCUUUCCCAUCGCACCGAGAGCCUCCACCAUUUCUGAUAUUCUGCGUCUGUUCAUCCUCGUCUCGACUCAGCACCGGCUCGGAACAGUGCCCAGAUGCUACAUGCUAUUGCCGCUGCCGUGGGCACCAUCGUCGUGCUGUUCGCCUUCCUAUGGCUUGGCAAUCGAUGCCAUCUCUUGGGCUUUCGAUACCCGCCACAUGGGGCCAUCAGCUUCAGUCUCUCGAUGAAUAUUUGCUUACCCAUGGAGGGCCGUUCAAGCGGUUCAACUGAAGACUUUGAGCGAUUCCUCGAAGAUCACGAUUUGAUGGCGGAGUGUCCGGUGCUUAUAGCUGCCGGAUUCACGAACGCCAGAUUGGUGCUCUUGAUGACAGAGGACGAGAUGAGGGCCAUCGGGCUGACCGUUGGUGCUAUGAAGAAAGUCAAGCUGGCACAAACCAACCCAUCGACAUUGCACAUUUGUCUUCCCACCACGGAGUCUGGCCGCCUUGCCAAUAUCGAAUCCAGGGACACAUUCGACGAGUUUCUGGCCGAAUGGGGAUUGGAAAAGUCCAGAGCCGUGUUGGUCGAGAGCGACUUCGACACCAUCGAUGCUGUUUUGGCAAUGUCUCGAGGAGACAUGGCCCAGAUUGGACUCAAAAUUGGCGCUCGAAGAAAGAUCAGGGUCGCCCAAGGAGCCCUUCGAGCCCACGAGAUCGCUCACUCGAAACAGUGUGUCUCCCGCGGCAACGCCGCUCUGCCUGAGAUUCGCCUGACCAACCGGGGUCGCAAACGAGGCUCAUCUCCUUCCAUGACAGCGUCGCCGGCAUGGAAUCCAAAUGAAGAGCCGACACCAAAGCUCCAGCACACUUCAGCUAAACCGAGCAUCACAGAGGAUGGCACGAGCGAGGAGGUCGUGGCCGAUGCAAAGUUUAACCGUGAGCAAGAUCCCGAGCCGAAAUACUUUGGCCCUGAGCACUAUACACCUGCCGAGAUCAUUCCCGACUGGGAAUGUCGCCUUGAAUGUCAGAGGCACGAUGUUUUCAUCAGCUACCGGGUUGCAAGCGAAAGCGACAAGGCAAAUCUGUUGCUUAGUGCGCUCAUAUCCAACAAGAGAAGCCAGAGUUCCCUCCAUCCCUAUCUCGACCAUUUGUGCCUUUGUAAUGGGCAAAAUUGGGAGGAUGGCUUCAUCAACGGGCUGCAUCGUUCUCCUGUGAUUGUGCUAUUGUUGUCCGAAGAGGGGCUGAAACGCACCCUGAAGGCGCACCUCUACGCCGACAAUCAAUUCCUUGAGGUUCAACACGCCUUGAAGCUCAUCAAAGACCCAGAAACGAGGAAGUUUGUAAUAUUGCAGCCAAUAUUCAUUUGGUGAACAGUCCGCGUGGGAGAUGGGCUAUUUUCAAGGAAAUAUUUUCCGGAUCCAAAAGACUUUCCCGACUAUCCUCCUCUCCAUAAGAGCAGUCCCUUGUUUGACGGACGUCCGAUGACGAUUCGUAGGACAUUUAAUGAGCUCUUGAAGCUCCAAGCACUCGAUGCUGUCGAUGGAAAUGCUCUCAAGAGGUAAGUCGGGUGAGGAACAAGAGGCA